AGGCAGCAAUGGCGGUUAAUCCGGAGGUAGCGAUGGAAAUCCUCAAGCAGAGGGCGUCGUUCAUGAGGGAUUCGCUGCACAAGAGCCAAACCAUCACCGAUAGCAUGGUCACCAUUCUCGGAUCAUUCGACCACCGCCUCUCCGCGCUCGAAACCGCCAUGCGCCCCACUCAGAUACGAACGCAUUCAAUUAGAAGAGCACACGAGAACAUUGACAAGACACUCAAGGCUACUGAGCUUAUUUUAAGUCAAUUUGAUCUUGCACGGCAGGCAGAGGCAAAGAUACUGAGAGGGCCACAUGAGUAUUUGGAAAGUUAUCUGGAGGCAUGUGAUCAGUUGAGGGGUGUAAUUAAAUUUUUUGGUAGUAACAAAAACUUUAAGGGUGGUGUAUCGGUGAUUUCCCAUGCCACUACUUUGCUUAACAAGUCUGUUGGUAAACUAGAAGAGGAGUUUCGUCAGCUCCUUAGCUCAUACAGCAAACCGGUGGAACCGGAUCGUCUUUUUGACGGUUUGCCUCAAUCUCUACGUCCAUCAACUGGUCCUGAUGCUGGCUCGAAACAGCAGCAACAAAAGAGUUUAGAAACUGCUGUUUACCAUCCUCCAGCUCUUAUUCCACCAAGAGUUCUGCCACUUCUACAUGCAUUGUCCCAACAACUGAUUCAAGCUGGCCACCACCAGGAAGUGUUUAAUAUUUACAGAGAUGUCCGAGCUUCAUCUGUGGAGCAGAGUCUCAGAAAACUAGGAGUGGAAAGAGUGACUAAAGAAGAUGUACAAAAGAUGCAAUGGGAAGUUUUAGAAGCAAAGAUUGGAAACUGGAUCCAUUACAUGAGGAUUGCAGUCAAGCUUUUAUUUCCUGCAGAGAAAAAAGUAUCUGAUCAAGUUUUUGAAGGUUACGAUUCUAUUAGAGAUCAAUGUUUUGCAGAUGUUACCGCAAAUAGUGUAUCUGUCCUCCUUAGUUUUGGUGAGGCUAUUGCAAAAAGCAAAAGAUCUCCUGAAAAGCUAUUUGUCCUAUUGGACAUGUAUGAAAUAAUGAGAGAAAUUCAAACAGAGAUGGAUAUAAUUUUUGGAAACAAAUAUUGUGCUGAAAUGCGAGAAGCUACUAUGGUUUUGACGAAGCGCUUGGCUGAGACUUCUCAAGAGACAUUCGUGGACUUUGAAGAAGCAGUGGAGAAAGAUGCCACAAAAACUACUGUUCAAGAUGGAACUGUCCAUCCUCUAACAAGCUAUGUGAUCAAUUAUGUAAAGUUUUUAUUUGACUAUCAAUCGACUUUGAAACUACUAUUCCGAGAGUUUGAUGACACUGAUGCAGAUGUCCAAAUGGCAUCCAUAACAACACGAAUUAUUCAAGCACUCAUGACUAAUCUGGAUGGGAAAUCUAAGCAAUACAAAGACGCUGCAUUGACUCAAUUAUUUAUGAUGAACAAUAUACACUACAUUGUAAGAUCUGUCCGCAGGUCAGAAGCUAAAGAUUUGUUAGGCGACGAUUGGGUGCAGAUACAUAGAAGGAUAGUCCAGCAGCAUGCAAAUCAGUACAAGAGGCUCUCUUGGUCUAAGAUUCUUCAGUGUCUAUCCAUUCAGGGAGUUACCCCGGGGAACAGUUCGUUCAUAAUUGAUGCUCCCCCGGUUAGCAGCAAUGUGUCAAGGGCGACGGUGAAAGACAGGUACAAGACGUUCAACGUCCUGUUUGAAGAACUUCAUCAAAGGCAAUCGCAAUGGACAGUUCCGGACAGCGAGUUGCGCGAGUCGUUGAGGCUGGCAGUUGCUGAAGUUCUCUUGCCUGCUUAUAGAUCUUUCAUUAAGCGUUAUGGGCCUAUGAUUGAGAAUGGCAAGAAUCCCUCGAAGUACAUCCGCUUCACUCCUGAGGACCUUGAGAGGAUGCUGUCUGAGUUUUUUGAAGGAAAAACGUGGAAUGAGCAAAGACGAUAAGAUCAAUUGCGGAUAUCAAGCAGUAGUUUUGCCUAGAUCGAGCUUCAAUUCUGUUCUCAUAUUAUUAUUAUUAUUUAAAUUUAAAAGUAUAUGAAUAAUGCAUUUUGAUGCCUCAUUAAAUGCUGUAUCAAUACCAUACCCCUUUCUUUGGUAUGUAA